AUGUUUCGACAUGUAACACUUUACCAUCAAAAUGAUCCUAAUUUCGGAAUCAUUUGUAAUUUGCAUAAUGCAUGUGGUGUGUUUUACAGAAAAUAUUCCGCAUACAAAUCACAUGUAUAUCGAAAACAUUCUUUGGAACUUCAUGCAUUAGAAAAUAACAAUGUCUGUACAAUUUCUACUGAUAAUUCACAACAAGAAAAUGUCGGUACUUCAAUGGAAAGUGAUUUUAUGAAGGAUGACGAGAACUACGAAUCAGAUUUUAUCGAUUUUGAAGCAGAUUCAACUUUAUCAAAUGAUAAUGAUUCAUCAUCAUGUUUUUCAAGAAAUUGUAAUGAAGAGAUCAUCAAUUCAAUAAAAGACAUUAAAAAGUCAUUUGUAUUAUUCAUUUUACAAUUACGUGAAGAAUUUUUACUACCGAAAAACAUCACAAAUGUUACUUAG